CGGCCCGCGGCGGCCGCGCCGCGUGUGACCCUGCAGACCGCGGUAGCUGGUUUGUAGCGCUUGUCUCGGCCAUGCCGUUCCUGGAGCUGGAGACCAGCCUCCCGGCCGCUCAGCUGCCCCAGGGCUUAGCCGGCAAGCUGUGCUCGGCCGCCGCUGCGAUCCUGAGCAAGCCCGAGGAGAGGAUAAACGUCACUGUGAAGAGCGACUUGCCCAUGGUGGUUGGCGGCUCCGCAGCGCCCUGCGCUCAGCUGCUCGUCUCAUCCAUCGCAGUGGUGGGAACUGCGGAGCAGAACAGAGGGCACAGUGCCAAGUUCUUUGAGUUCCUUACCAAGGAGCUGGGGCUCGGUGCAGACAGGAUUCUGAUCCGUUUUUAUCCACUGGAACCUUGGCAGAUUGGCAAGAAAGGAACUGUCAUGACUUUCUUAUGAUCUCUUCAAGAAACCCAUUAAAAAGAAACCCUUGUGGAGGGCACAACCCCAGGAUGGCCAGCUCUACCUGUUUGUUUCUACGCAAGAUCUGAUAUAUAGAAUGCUGAUUGGGACCAUGUCCCUGUAGACUCUUCUACACCAGAAGUCACUAAAUGUUGCUCAUUAGUCUGGCAAUAGGCACUAAACUAAUUCACAGUAGUUAGCCUAACUCGCUGCCACUGGAGGGCAGAGAUUCAAGGGGAUCUGAGAUCUUUCACUUCCAACUUCUGUGAACAUUUCUUCCAUUCUAAACCUCCCCCCCACCCCAUUUCUGGGAAGAGAGAAUAUUGGUCUGAGGGAAGAAUCUUUUAACUUGUAUGGGAUGGCUGGGCUAGGGCUCCUCUCUAAUCUGCUCUGAGCUCUACUUCACUAGGAUCAUUGGCUUGCACAGGUGGAUGUUCUCAUGUUCAUUCAGUAGACUCCUGUAGUUCAAUAUCAAUGUGCGUAUUGUGCAUUGGGGUAUGUGUGGAAGGAGGGCUUCUUAUUGCAGAAUCAUUUCAUACCCUAGGACGUGGAGCCCAGGAAACUGUUUUGCUGGUUCAGGUAAUUAGUUUCAAUUCCUGUAACUUGUCUCCUUGUCCACAGUACUUUCCCACAACCCUCUCACUACAGUGAGCAAGAUCAGAACACUUUUUAUUUUACAAAUGCUUUCAAUGUUCUGUGGGUGGUGGAGAGGAGCUGAUGAAUUUGCACAUAACUGACUUCUUGGAGUGCCUGUUUCCCUCCUCUCCCCCCCCCCCCCCCCCUUAUUAGACCCAGGGCUUUGCUACAUCUGCUCUAAUGUCCAUUCUCUUAGUAGGGGAGUUUUCCCCUUGGGGCUUUUAGAGUUGGUCACUUUAUAACCGGAUUAUACACAAUAUUUUAUUUUAAAAAAACCCUCAACCCCCUAGUUAUCAUCGUCUAUAGGAUUUCCUUACUUUUGCAUUUCACUCAGCAGAGAUAAUGAAGAUAGAGUUGUCAGUUUCAUUUAUAGUACUUUCUAAGGUCCAAAUCCUGCAAACAUUUAGGCAUGUGAAUAGUUACACUGAAUUCAUUGGGAUUACUUAUGUGAAUAAGUGUUUUGAGGGUCAGGAUUAAAUAGUUCAUUUUCUGGUUCUGAUGUACUACUACAGUGUUUAAUUGUCGGGUAUUUACAGCAUUGCAAGGGAAUAAUUACAUUUAAAAAUGAACGAAUUUCCUCUUUCAUUGCUCACAGAACACUUUUUAUUCCAGUUAGCGUUUGUAAUUUUUUUUUUUAAACACACAAUCAAAAAUUUGGGUGUCAAGUUGGAAGUAUCUUUCAUUUAUUCAAAAAUAACUGAAACCAAUGAGGUUAUUAAAAAUAAUUAAAACCAAAUGAUUUAUUAAUAUCUGAAGCUAGUUACUACACAUGCAACAUAACUUUCUUCCAUUGUUGCAAAAUCACUGUCCUCUAAAUAAAAUCUGCACUAAGUGCAGAUUUAUGUGUUAGUGUCAUGAGUUGGGCAUUUAUCUGGUCAAUAAAACUUUUAUCAAAAUACUUUUAGUGUGUGUCGAUUCACUAGAUUAUCACAAUACUUCCAUUUUGUUUCCCUUUCUCCUUGUAUCUCACUCACCCUCUCUAAGCACACUUGUAGAUAACACAGCUGUCCACGCUCCCUGUUUGUUUAUUUUUCUCAUGAGGUCUUUUCAGUUAAAUGCUUUUAAAACUAGGAUAGUAAAUUAAACAAUUGUGUGUCACUGAGCAUAUGACCAGUGAUCUUAGAAAUCCGUUUGCCAUGGAAAAAAAGCUGAAUUUGCAUUUUUACAAAGAAUCUUUAGUUUUUACUUUUUGUGAAAAAUAAAAACAUAUUAACUACAUUUUACUGAAAGUACUUAUGUCACUUACUCAAUGUGCGCAACCUCCUCCUCUUGUGGUUAAUUUUUGAAUGCGCUUUACUUUACGUAGCUAAACAUACUCCAAUAAACUGCUUC